AUGGAAAAUGAGAUUAGCAACUUCAUUAAGGUUUGGCUAUCAGUUUUGAUCUCAUUAUCCUACUGCUAUGUUAUUGGUCAUAAAGUUCCAAAUGGCACGAUAAGACUCGUUUGUUUACUACCAAUUAUCUCCCUCUUUCUCUACCUCCCUCUCCAUCUUUCCACAAUGCAUCUUGGUGGCCCGACAUGCUUUUCAAUUGCUUGGCUUGCAAAUUUCAAGCUCUUGCUCUUUGCUUUUGGCAAAGGUCCUUUAUCUUCAAAUCCUUCACUCUAUCUUCCGCAUUUCAUUGCUUCAGCUUGCCUACCGAUCAACAUCCAAGAAAAAUUGUCUGUCCAUACACCUAAAGACGGUAAAAAAUCAUCCGAAAUCUCUACGCUAAAGGCCCUACUCGUCGCUAUAGUCAUUCAUUUUUAUGACUACAGUGACCUUAUCCACCCUAAGAUCAUCCCCUUUCUAUAUUGUAUCCAAGUAUAUGUUUCUCUUGAACUAGUCCUAGCCAUGAUGGGAGCCUCUGCUAGCGGGCUAGGGUUAGUGAUCGAACCACAAUUCAAUGAGCCGUACCUCUCUACCUCCUUACAAGACUUUUGGGGUAGAAGAUGGAACCUUGUGGUUCCGAGUAUUCUGCGACCCACGGUUUACAAACCAACUCGCAAUCUAUCCACGUAUAUCGUAGGCAGAAAGUGGGCCCCGAUUCCAGCAAUAUUAGUGACAUUUCUUGUGUCAGGUAUGAUGCAUGAGCUAGUGUUUUACUACCUUGGCCGAGAGAAGCCUACAUGGGAACUCACUUGCUUCUUUGUCCUCCAUGGAUUCUGUCUAGCGGUUGAGGUUGCUUUGAAGAAGGCAACUGCCGAUUGGUGGCAGUUACCAUGGCUGAUCUCAGGACCUUUGACAAUAGGGUUUAUGAUGGUUACUGGUUUUUGGCUGUUCUUGCCAUCAUUGCACCGGUGCAAGGCUUUUGAAAGGUCAUCUAUGGAGUAUGAUGCACUCGUUAGGUUCCUAGAAAAUGCCAGUCAAUAUUUUAGGAUUACCAUGAUCCCUACAUCAGUUUACUAAACCACAAAAUAGCUCAAACACAUCUACUUAGUGC